GAGGAAACGGUUCUCUUUUGGGGCUUGUCUACCACGUUGUUCAAAUUUUAUAAAAGUCAAUUUAAAUCUAAGAUUUGAGCAUUUAUUCGAAGGUGUCAUUUAAAACAAUGAAUAAUUUUAUAAGCAGGAGGAACAUUAUACAAAACAUACGCAUACAUCAAUAUCAGGUGAUAAGCACAGGCAGAUCUAUUGUGCAAUGGAGAAGAUCAUUUUCAACUACUGGUAUGGAAGAGGAAACCGGAAACAAAUAUGAAAAAAGUUUAAACCGAGUUCAGAUAAUAGGUAGACUAGGUCGAGAUGCUGAACUAAGAGGUUCUGAUCAAAGAUCUGUUGUUGUACUUUCUGUAGCAACCAAUGAUGUUUAUACUAAACAGUCAGGUGAAAGAGUGAGCCAUGUAGAUUGGCACAGAAUUAGUGUUUUUCAACCUAAUUUACGUGAUAAAAUUGCUGUUAAUUUAAAGAAAGGUGAUCGUGUAUUUUUAGCUGGUAAGAUAAGAUAUGAUGAGUACAGAGAUAAUGAUAAUGUAUUACGAAGAUCUGCAAGUAUUCUAGCAGAUGAUAUAAUAAACAUCACAAAGAGAUAUGAAGAGGGAAUGAGUGAAGAAGUAGACUGAAUAAGAAUCAUCUUCAUUUUUAUCAUUUAUUGGGUAUCAUCUGCAUCUGUUCUUAUUGUAAUGCUUAGCUUAUGAUUAGGAGCACCAGAAUGUUUUAGAUUUAUACCUCCAUCCUAUCAAUAUUUAAAGUUAAACAUACAUUAUGCAAGAUCUGCCUAGUACAGGUCUUUCUUUAGGCCUCAAAUGUUAUCUAAAUUAUUAAUUAGACAUUAGUUAACUUACCCAAACCAUAAUCAACUCUCAAUACCAUCGUUAGCCUGCGAUAUUUAGUGGAUCUGAAUACAUUCUGUGACGGAUGAUUUAUCGUAAAAAUGGAUAAUCAAGACUCUGUUUAUCAUUGUACCAGCGGUAGUAAUGAUGAUCGAGGCUAGCCUAAUCUUGAAUCACUAAUAUCUUGGUUAAGAGUGAAGCAAUUUGACAGAAGUUAUCAGAAUAUUCUGUUUUCAUUAUCUAUUUUUUUAAUUAUUAUAGCAAGAACUGUCAGCUCUUUAUCUAAUCUUACGUAAUGCCCAGUGACAUCUAUAUGACUAAUAUUACCAUGUAGAAGCAGGAGUGUGUGAUAUAGAUAAUGCCAUGAGAGUGUUUGUGUGGGUAGUUCUCCAUAGAUGUGUUAACCAGUAAAGAUAUGCCAUCAAGGUCGAUGCCUUGAUGGAGUUUGAAGAUGGGCAUUUUCUGCUUAGGGUAAGCAGAGAUAAGCAAUUUGUUUGGUUGAUGCUUUGGGACACAAGUUCUGAUAAGUCAGAGUGAUGAAACUUGGUGUAAAGUUGACUAAGUUCGAUAAUGAACAUUUUCUGCUAAGGGUAAGCAGAGCGAUAAGCAAUUUGAUUGGUUGAGACUUUGAAACACAAUAGCUCUCCUUGUGAUUGCGGUAGAAUGUUCAUACUUGGUGUAGGCGUUCAUAAGAUGAAUGCCUUUGAUUAGUCAAGACUUUGGAACAUAACAACUCUGCUUUUUUAAAAAGUAUUAAAAUAAAGCCUUAAAAUAGAUGGUAUCUAUAAACAGUCCUACCUUGUUAAAGAAUAAUCCUAUAAUUCACUAUUGCCAGUUGACUAAUUGGCAAAAAUAUCAUUUUCAACUUAAAUUCAAACGUUUAAAGAUAGCUAUUCCGUGGUGGGGAAUAGGAAAACAAGGGAGGUAAUUGUGUUAUUAUUUCCGGUGUGAAGAUUUUUAAGUGUGAGGUUGAGAAGGAUAACCUAUGAUCGUAUAAUAGUGAGUUGACAACCUAUUGAGCAAAAGACAUAGAAAUAAUUAUGUUUUUACUUUCUUAGAAAAUAUGAAAUUGUAACUUUAAAUGAGGUAGAAUGUUUAAACUUGAUGUUGAUGUUCAUUAGGUGAAUGUCUUGACUGAGUGCAAUGAUUAACAUUUCCCGCUGAAUCUAAGCAGAGCUAAGCAAUUUCUUUGAUUCUUUGAUUCUGUCUGAUAGAGAGUGUGUGAUGAAAGUUUGAUUGCUGGAUACUUUUGAAAAAGAUAAACAUGCAAUUAAUUAAUAUGUGUCAUCUAUUAUUUCGGGAUUUCGGUGGGGGACAUCAGCCUUACUGUUGGCUUGUUGCAAAUGAUUUAUAUUUAGUUGUAAUUAUCAAAAGAUAACAGAAGUCAUUGUAAAUUUAUCUUUUCUAUUAUUAAUUAUCUAUUAUUAAAAUAUUUUCAACAAUAGAUAGUCAAAAAUGCAAAUAGAUUUGUCUUUAAUGGACAAAUUAAUAUGCCAGAUAUGACGUUCAGGGGGAAUCUGAAUCAAAUCAAUUGUUUCAAUCGAAGGAUUUUGUUACCAUUAGCACUUGCUGAUGCCCAGUGAUGGUUUCUUUGUUUACAAUGAUUGAUACUUUCUCUCAUAACCCCAAAGCAAGAUUAUUAAUUAAAGAGACCCAUGAAUUGCAGUUUUUGUUCAACAUUGUCUUAACUAUUUUAUUACCAGAUAAUAAAGGAAUAUAAAAAUU